UCCAGAUAUGGGAGAAGGAAUUGACUUCUAUAUUCACGUUGCCACACCGGUAGCGAAACUAGCACUCAUGAAAGAAAGAAUUCUACGUUACAUCAACAACAAGAAAGAGCAUUGGUACCCGGGGGCGAUGGUUGUCCUCCGGGAUGUAGAUGAGACCAACAAGCUAAAAGUAUCCAUAUGGCUCUGUCACACGCUCAACUUCCAGGACAUGGGGAUGAGGUACGUGAGGAGGGAGCUGGUGCUCCAGGAGAUGAUCAAAGUUCUCAAGGACCUGGACAUUGAGUAUCGGAUGCUACCACUGGACGUGAAUGUGCGGAAUGCGCCUCCUAUUGAAUCCACAAGGAUGCCGACAACAUGGAAUUAUUCCUGAAGCAGUGAACGUUCACGGGGCAUUUCCUAUCCAGUUCGAGCGGUGAGAGCUACAAGAGCCUUUGCUAGAAACUGGCGAGUAGAGCAUGAGAUGUUAGCGUGCCUAAGGCAAAUCACUUGGUUUGAUCUGUAAUUAGUGUGUUGUUUAGUAUGUAACCUUUGGAACACAAUAACUGAUCAAUUUCAAAUAUUUUCCAAGCAUGUAUAGAACAUGCACA